AUGGCAAACAUCACCGUAGACUGCCUCUCGCGGAAGCUGCGCGCCACCGUGAGAGUCCGGGAGUUUGACAACUCUGGGCCCAUCUUUGCGGAACACCGUAUCCAAGUCGAAUGCGCCCAGGACCUGUUGCCACUGAUAGAGGGAACGCGCGAGCGGUACUUGAUGCGCCUAAGAUGUGCAGAGCUGGUUGAAGAAGCCGCUGGCGAUGUGGAGAAUGUCUCGGCUGAAGAGCGAAGGCAUCUUGCAGGCUGGCUGGCUCGAAAGCUACAGCCGCAGUUUGCCUUUCCGAUUGAAGUUACAACCGACAGUGCAUCACACCAUGGGAAGGUCUUGGCCCGCUAUGCCGGGACCGAGCUUCAGCCAGCUAGGGACUGGCAGCGCCAUUACACGACCUUUCACAUAGAUCACAAGCAAAACGCAGCCAGCUUGGAGGAAGGAGUUCAGGUCAAUGUUUGGCUUAACCUGAUGGAUGAGCCAAUCUCAGACUUUGCAUUGGGUUUCUUGGAGCUGGAUGGCCGAAUGAUGGCGGGAAACGAGCUUCCUUUCCUGACCCAACAGGAGGCUGAGCAGUUGAUAGUGCGCUACAAAUCCGGUUUGGCAAAGGAUCAGGCAUUGAUUUUUCAAUCCACCGGAGCUGAUUCUGUGGUGCAUGGGAGCUUUCGCUUCCAAGACGCAGAGAAGCUGACACGUGCUCCGAGGUACUCGCUAGAGUUUCGGCUUUUGCUAAGAAAGUUCGAGUCUCGCGAGGAAGUUCCAGUCCGGGAUGCUGCCAGCACAUAG